AAAAAAAAAGAAAAAAAGCCUUAGGCCGGAUGGGACAUGGGCAUGGCUGACACUUCUGGUUGCAGAGUAAGGCGUGUUCAAUAAAUCUUUUACCCAGGAUACUGCAGACGAUUGGUUCCAAAGUUCAAGGGUAAGAAAAAGGAGAAGCACGGUGCAGAGUGAAGAGCCAGAGGAGGACGAAGUGAAAGACAACUGUCAAGGUGAUUCAUUUGUGAAUUUAUAAAGAAUUCAGUCAUUGGUGUCAACAGGAAUUAAGACAGAACUAGACCAAACAUGGCAGAUAGUCCGAAAGGCAACUCUGGAGACUUUGCUAGGAAAGUCCAAAGACAGCUGAGCAGAGGCAAAGAAAAGGUGCUGCAAAAGCUGGGAAAGGCUGAAGAGACCAGAGACGACCAGUUUGAAUUUUAUCACCAGCUCUUUUGUGACCAGCAGGCUGAUGGGAAUCGUAUAUACAAAGACCUGAGGAACUACGUUAACUCAGUGCGAGACAUGCGUGAGGCAUCAAGACGCCUUUCCACGUCACUGUUUGACGUUUAUGAAAACGACUGGGUGGGAGAGGAAGACGUGGGAGCCAUUGUAGAGGGGGAGGAUCUCCUGUGGAAUGACUACGAGGUGAAGAUAUUAGAUCAGGCCAUACGCACCAUGGAGUCCUAUGUAUGCCAGUUCCCAGAUGUCAAGGAGAAAAUUGCAAAGAGAAGAAGAAAACUGGUGGACUAUGACUCGUCCCGUCACCAUCUGGAGGCGCUGCAGACUGCAAAGAAGAGGGAUGAUGUCAAGAUAAACAAGGCAAAGGAAGAGAUGAAUAUCACCAAAAGUAUCUAUGAAGGCAUCAACAGUGAGCUAAAACACGAGCUGCCUGUGCUUUUUGACAGCCGUAUUGGAUGUUACGUCGCCGUCUUCUCAGCCGUGUCAAACCUACGAGAGACUUUCUGUAAAGAAAUGUGCACGCUCAACUUUGAUCUGCAGAAUGUGAUGAAGGAGCUGCAGGCUCAGCAUCCCGACAAAGAGUUUGCGGUGAAAGGAAUGCAGCGUCACGGCUCCCUGAGGAGACGGACACUGAUGUCCCCCAGGGCUUGGAAAUCCAGUUUCUCUGACUUUCACAGAGGCUACAAUCCUAAAUCGUCUGGCCAAAGGUUUAGCCUGAGGUCCCCAGACAAACCUCGCCGCAGCACUCUGUCCAGAGAGAGCAGCACUCUCACCGUCUCCCCGCAAACUCCAACUCUGUUGAACCCCUCGCGUGAUUCCAGGGACAUGGAUGCUGAAUCGAGCCAUAGUGAGAUCCACAGCAUCCAUAAAGUGGAAGAGGAGAAUGUAGAGAAAGGUGAGGUGCCAGAGACUGAGCCUCCCACAGAAUGUGAUGGUAAAGGAAACGGUCGGAAAGCUCCAGCCAGUGACAGCAGCUCCGAACUGAACAACUCCUAUGAGUCAGAGAGUUUGGAUCUGCAGCUGUCUCCUGCAGACAACGGCCCUCUGCACAUUGAAGAAAGAGAAGACAGCCCAGUAAUCCUCAACUCUCCUAAAUCAAAUGGCCUGGAGAAUGGUGAAGUAUCUGGAUUCAACACUGACACUAAGGACCUGAGUUUGAAGGAUGCUCCUGCAGAAACCCCAGACCCAAAAAGCACAGAGGUUUAACUUUUGACGUAAGAAGCACAGAGGAGACUCAAGUGAACAGCUGCACAAGAGAAAAAAAUGUCUGGAUACAGCUGUAGUGAAAUGUCCAACUGGUGUCAUGAAUGAUGUCCUGUGCUGAGACAUAUUGCUGUUAGAUUUAAGAAAUAUAUGUUAUAUUCUAUUUAAUUAAAUUGCAGAUACAUAGAUUUCACUAUAAUUAUUGAAAUAGCCGUCUCUUGUGUCAGGUUUUAAAAUCAGUUUGUCUAAUGUUGCACUUUUAGGUUUACAUUAUAAAAAACACUUAGAAACCACAGGGUCACUGUGUAAAGAUUUACUGCGCUUUGGUUUCAGUUUCACUGAGAACAGAGUUGAACUCCAUGCAAAUGUUGCCUUUGACCAAAAGAGCGGAUUUAAACUGACAUUUUAGUUGGGUUUUUUUUAUCCUUUAUAUUUGAUGGCAGGGAAUUCAUUUUGUACUUGAUUUUCUUAAUGAUAUGUUUGAUCCUUUCUACUCACAAAAUUUGAGUUCACUAUUUCAUCUACACCUAAGGCUUAGAUAUAUAAUUAUUGUGGGAAAAUGUUUUCAUUAUAACAUAAAUAAAUAAUACAAAUG